AUGCCUCCCAACCCCAAACCUUCCAACCUCCUUGCCUCCCAAACCUCCCUUCCUCCCACCUCCCAGUCUCCAAAACCCCCAGACUUCCACCCUAAACCUCCCAGGCUCCCACACCUAAUCCUCCCAACCUCCCAACCUCCCAGCUUCCCAACUUCCCAACCUCACAACCUCCCUUCCUCCCAACCUCUAUACAUCCCAACCCAAACCUCCCAGCCUUCCAACCUCCCUACCUCCCAGCCUCCCAACAUCCCUGUCUCCCAACCUCCCUGCCUCCAAACCCAAACCGACCAGCCUCCCAACCUCCCUACCUCCCAGCCUCCCAACUUCCCUACCUCCCAACCUCCCAGCCUCCCAACCUCCCAGCAUCCCAACAUCCCAGCAUCUCACCCCAAACCUCCCAACCUCCCAGUCUCCCAACUUCCCUACCUCCCAACCUCCCUGCCUACCAACCUCCCUUACUCCCAACCUACCAGUCUCCCAACCUCACAGCCUCCCACCCCAAACAUCCCAGCAUCCCAUCCUCAAACCUCCCAACCUCCCUACCUUCCAGCCUCCCAACUUCCCUACCUCCCAGCCUCCCAACCUCCCAACCUCCCAGCCUCCCAACUUCCCUACCUCCCAACCUCCCUGACUACCAACCUCCCUUCCUCCCAACCUCCCAGCCUCCCAACCUCCCAGCCUCCCAGCCUCCCAACCUCCUAG